CUCCGAACACAAUCGCAUGUAUGUAAAUCUUGGGCACAAAAGGUACGAUUUAAAACUCAAAUAUACGCGGUUAUAAAUACAAUCCUUGAGUUCUCCAUCUAUAAAGAUAGUGGCAGUAGGCUGUAUCGCUCUACAGCUCGUUUUUAUGAGAUUACGUUAACAGAGGGGAGAGGUGUUAAGUCCAUACGAUAACAAACGAUGAAGUCCAAGUAUGGCAACAAGAAGGAUAGGAAAGCCAAGACCAAGAACAAGCCCAAGAGUGCCACAGAUCCGAGCUCCCAUCCACCAGCGCGUAUCAGCCGAAGUGAUAAUAGCAUGCAGGGUACCCGUAGUACCAUGUCACGUAAUGAUAAUGGCGUUGGAAGCACACCACACACUUCUAACCUAAACCGCAAACGCAGACCUAGCUUGACCGAGACGGGGAUGGAGAGCCUUAGAGAGACGGUGUUCAAUAUAUCGAUGCUGGUCAUGGCAUCGGCCCUACUGCUGUUGUUUCUUUACGUGGUGAAUGAGUUGCGUGAGGAUGACUUCGACAGGCUGGAUAGCUGAGGUCUUUCGUUGACACGCAUUUAAAGGCGCUUGGCCGGGUUUAUUCUUGUUAUGUUUACAUGCACACGGACUAUGUAUAUUCCGCUGGGUGUCUUGAUAGCUGCGGAUAUGUAUAGGGGCUAUGUAUCUAUGAGGUAUCUGAGCGAUAGCACAGGCAGCGUAUGAAGAUAUUAACACCCCUGUGAUAGUGUAAGAAUCGUAUACUGAUGUAGGGGACAUUCACGUCGUACACGAGGAUACCGGAUAUGGUCUAGCUGGGUACAGUGGUCGACAUCCCAUUGCGCGUAUAGCUACAUAGGAGUGCUGGCGGGAGAUCAGGAGAAGUACAGGGUGGUCAACCGGAUCAAUAUGAUGAGAAUGUAGCAAACAACAGUCUAUUAGCAUGCACAAUAGAUCAUUUACCAUCAACAGGUCUAAUAGACCAUUUAGCAUUACAAAUCACUCCUGAGAACAUGUCUACCUACUGCGCCUGGCAGCUGAUUCCUUACGUAAUUGGCAAACGCCACGCUGUUUAUUACGGUAAUAUAAAGUGGCAACGGCAGUACGUAUGCACACGUAUACAUACAUACACACGCCAAGUGUUCAUAGCAGUUGCACUUACCACACACGAAAGUCAGAGAUAUAUCCACUCGGCGGA